UCGGUGUAUUCUGGGAUUUGCACUGAAAUCUUUAAAGAAGAAUAUGUAAUUUAUCAGAGGAAAGUCUACUGCUUCAUACACCUGAGCUUUCAGGAGUUUCUUGCAGCAUUUUAUGUCUUUUACUCCUAUGUAAAUACCACUUCUGAUGCCUUGAAAGUUUUUGAUUUACUUCAUAAUUUGCAUAAAGGAGUACUGGAUAAAGCUCUAAAGAAUGAGAAUGGACGCAUGGAUCUUUUCCUCCGGUUCCUGCUGGGCAUCUCACUGGAGUCCAAUCAGAGACUGUUACAGGGGCUACUGACACACACAGAGAACAGCUCAGAGAGCAUCAAGGAAACCAUUAAGUACAUCAAGGACAAAAUCAAAGAAUGGAAAAACACUCUUUCUGCUGAAAGAUCCAUCAAUCUGUUCCUCUGUCUGCUUGAAAUGAACGAUCAGACUCUGCAAAGAGAAAUCCUGGAGUUUCUGAAAUCAGACAAACACUCAGAAAAAGAACUGUCUGCUGCGCACUGCUCAGCCAUAGCCUACAUACUUCAGAUAUCAGAGGAGGCACUGGAUGAGCUGGACCUUAAGAAGUACAAUACAUCAGAGGAAGGUAGAAGGAGACUGAUACCAGCUGUGAGAAACUGCAGAAAAGCCGUUCUUGCAGACUGCAAUAUCACUGAUCAGUCAUGUGAAACUGUGGCCUCAGCUCUACAAUUAUCAGACUCUCCCCUGAGAGAGCUGGACCUGAGUAACAAUGACCUACAGGAUUCAGGAAUGAAGCUGCUCUCUGCUGGACUAAAGAGUCCAAACUGUCAAUUGCAGAUACUGAGAUUAUCUGGCUGUAUGGUGACACAGGAAGGCUGUUCUUAUCUGGCUUCAGCUCUGACUUCUAACCCCUCACACCUGAGAGAGCUGGAUCUGAGCUACAAUCACCCAGGAGAUUCAGGAGUGAAGCUUCUCUCUGAGAGACUGAGCCAUCCAAACUGCAAACUCAAUUUGGACCAUGGAGGACAUUUCAGAAUCACACCAGGACUACACAAAUAUACCUAUAAUCUCACACUGGACAUAAACACAGCAAACAACCAUCUCUCUCUGUCUGAGGGGAACAGAAAGGUGACACGAGUGGAAGAGGUUCUGCCUUAUCCAGAUCAUCCAGAGAGAUUUGACUGCUUUGAACAAGUUUUGUGCAGGGAGAGUCUAUCUGAACGCUAUUACUGGGAGGCUGAAUGGAGUGCGAGGGGAGCUGGAUUGUCAGUGACCUAUAAGGGAAUCCAAAGAACAGGAAGUGAUUGUAGGUUUGGGCUCAAUGAAAUGUCCUGGAGUCUGGUCUGCUUUGAUAACAAAUACUCUGCCUGGCACAGCAAUAAGAGAACCAACUUACUUGCCCCUUCUCCCCCCUCUAAUAGAGUAGGAGUGUAUCUGGACUGGCCAGCCGGCAAGCUGUCCUUCUACAGUGUGUCUGACACACAGACACUGAUUCAUUUACACACAUACCACACCACAUUUAUUGAGCCCCUCUAUGCUGGAUUUAGGCUUUAUCCAGAUUCUUCAGUUUCACUGUGUUAGAAUGAAGAGCUUCGUAAUAUAGCAUAAUACACUAACGUCUAAUCAGAAAGAUUUGUAAUGUUUCUACUGCUCAUAAAGAUCAUUUAUUUGAUCAA